UGCAAGGUACGGACGCAAUUUCUUUGCGAAGCUUUCUACAGCAGGGGGAAAUCAGCGUGGCUUUAUUUAAUUAUUACUCCGCAAGGAAAAGGGUGUGCAGAAAUAAUUGUUGAUGUGAUAGGCUGUCUUCUUUGCGGCUGGAAAUCCUGCUCCGGAGUUUUCACUCCAAUGGUCGCUGAACAUUCAGCAGCACUUCCCCCCUCAACACCAUCAAAAUCCAAACAAGUGCAAACAAGCAUUAUUAGCUAUCUAGCUGGUACCAUACUGUAGCUAUCAAGUCUAUCAAGUCUAUCAAAUAUAUCAAGUCUAUCAUCAUGAACAAACGCAACAGCAGUGGCUCCUCUUCCUCUCUGUCUUCUUCCUCUUCCUCCUCUUCGACUGAGAAUGAAGACGCAGGAGCUUCAUGUUCUCCAGGUAAUAACAGUGACGGUCGGCGUGGGCAUGGGAAUGGAGCUGCUACCGGUAAUGACUCGGCUGUCAUGGCUGCAGCUGCUGCAGUGGCUGCCAUGGCUUCCUUCUCUUCUGCUCCGUUGCCGGGAGCUGCAGUGGCACCCCUAGCUAACGCUCCUGCGAUGGCGUCCGUAGCUUCCGUACCGCAGCUAGCCUCGGGAAUGGACGUUGCUCGGGUCCCAAGCAGAGCGCCUCUCAAAUCUCCCCCUCCAUCCACAACCAUGGCAGUAGCUACUCCUCCACCUGCCAAGAAGAAACGAACACACAAACCCAAGAGAGGUUCUAGUGCUACAUGUACUAGCGGUACUGGUAGUAGUUCUACCACCAAUGAUACAGGUAGCACCCCUGCUCACAGGACAUCCUCAGCUGAAGAAAGAUGGGAGGACAUGCACACACGACUAUUGAGAUACAAACAACUUCACGGAGAUUGUCAAGUGCCCAACCGAUACCCAGAUGAUCCCAAAUUAGGUGCUUGGGUAUCAACCCAACGAAGACACUAUCGAGUGAGCCAACGUGACAACGUCGAGUCCACUUCGCUCACCAACGAACGCAUCCAAAGGUUAGAAGACGCUGGAUUUGAGUGGACAGGAGUCAAUCCGAGGUACCUUCAUUGGGAUAUGCGAUAUCGCGAGUUGCUCGACUUCAAAGAGCGCUUUGGCCAUGUCAACAUACCCAUCAACUGGCCGGAAAAUGUCAAGCUUGCAAACUGGACAAGUACUCAGAGACAAGAACACAAGAACAUGCUAAAGGGAAAGAAAUCUAGGCUUGAUGAUCGACGAAUACUGAUGCUCAAUGACAUUGGAUUCGCAUGGGAGUUACAGAGAGGUGGUAGAAAACGGAAACUAGUAGCAACCAAGAAGGGCGACGAGUCGCUACAGGAAGACCAACAAGAUGAAGAUUCGUAUCAGACGCAAGAUGGCGGCCAGUCCGACCAUGUAUCAACCGACGCAGAGCAGCAACAUGCAAACGAAGAAGAAGAAGACUCCAAACCUGCAGCAGUCGUACCACACCCUUCGUCUGCCCCCCAAAUUUCGAACUUGGUGGCGCCGCCACAGCUACUAGGUCAGGUUCCGUCAGGUGGACCCGCUGCUCACGCCACUCUACCGAAUCUGUUGGGCAGCCCCAGCUUUGUGGCUGUUGGCAGCGGGAGCGGGAGCGGCACAAGUGCUUCCGUGGCGGCUGAACCAGCGCCCUCAUCAGACAGCCGUGGAGAAGUUGAUCACAUGAACUUGUUGUUACAACUUUCGCAGCAAUCGGCUCAGGCCACACCAUCGCUCCUCCUCCAACAACAGCAAGGGGGAGACAGUAUCCGACAGGCAUUAUUAAGCCAACUUGUACUUCUUCAGUCCGCUCAGGCCCAGGCCAAUGCAAAUGCCCAGGCAGCGAUCUUGGCAUACGACACGGGGCGAAUGUCUGGGAUGAUACAGGCAAUGCAGCAACAGCAACAGCAGCAUAGUACUACUCUGCUAUCAAACUCGUUUCAGCAGCAGUACCUGGGCGGUGCAACCAUUCCUGCCCCAUCGGGUAACCUUAUUGGUCAGUUGCAAACACUUGGGAACAGCGACCUUUCACUCUCGCUGGGAAGCAGCCACAACAGCAAUAAUCUUACUAUACUUCAGAGGCAAGCUCUGAUUCAACUAAGUGGGAAUCAAGGAGAACAGAUCGGGGGGCCCCCCUCGGCGGCAUCUACAUCCAUGAGGACUGCUUCACAGCAACUCUCGUUCCUAUCAAGCCUUGUUCGCAACAAUGACAGUAGCACAAGCAACAGUGUUCUGUUGAAUGGAGCUCUGAAUGGGGGCUCAAACCAUCUCAACAGUGGUGGAAGCUUUAACAAUGAUCAACAGCCACCACCUGGGAUGUGCUAGCUACAAGCUCUAAGAUAAAGGAUCCAUUUGCGUUUUC